CACAUGUUUAAUGUUAUAUUGAAUAAAUAAGUUUAAACAAAGUGUAACAAUUAACAAAUUUUUAUAAUUAAAGUUGGAUGUCCGUCGGCGGCGGGGUUUAUGUGUGAGAACAUGUGGUGUAUCCAUGACGAUCUUAUUUGUGAUGGUAUUGAUCACUGCGGUGAUAAUUCAGAUGAGAACCCCGUGCUUAUAUGUACCAAAACAGAAACUUUUGAAUCUGAUUGGACAUGGAAAUGGGAUGACUCAAAACGGGAUGCUGUUGUAACAUUAGCGCCGACAACGACGACGACGGAAGAUUCGUGUUUUGGGUUGUUCCGUUGCCAUGACGAUUCGGGUUGUAUAGACCCAAAACUUCUCUGUGAUAAGAAAGACCACUGCUUCGAUAGGUCUGACGAGACAAGUUGUAGUUGGUACGAGUUGCGUGGUGCAGCUACGAGAAUAAAUUCAAAUACAUUUCCAGUUUUAGUUAGUGUGCUUAGAUUGACAGCAUUUUGUUUCAUGAUUUCUCAUUUUACGUUCGUGUAGCAAUUGUUUAUAGAAAUUAUUUAUGAAUAAAUUAUUUUGUUAAUAAAUAA